AUGCCGGCUCCUACGCCUGUGGCGCCGUUGCAGAGGACGGUCACUCGUCCGCGGACAAAACUGCCUCAAUACUUGUCGGAAAAUGCUUCAAAAACAGUGAAGACAGCCUUUGACCCUGCGGUACACUUGGAUUUCCGGGCCCCAGAGAAAGUCAUCGCCAUGAAGGAUAUUGGAUUGGAAGGACAAGGCAUCUCCCCGGUGGCCGUAACCGAACCCUUUCCCCUUUUCACCACGAAAGCGAUAGAACAAUUCCGGGCCGAGAUCUUCAGCCAACCUGUUCUUGAUCACUGUCAAGUGUCGUCCAGUUUUGCCUCGAACAUGAUUCGCGCCUACGCUGCUGACUAUGGACCGUUCGCAUAUAGUGUGUGGCACCACCCCGAAGUCCUGGCCAUCGUAUCGAAAGUCGCCGGGGUGGAUCUCGUUGUAGGCAUGGAUAUCGACGUUGGGCAUAUUAACAUCGCAACCAAUGAGGAUACGGGCAAUGACGCUGCACCCGCUGCCGCUGUUGAGAAGGAGACCGCAGACGAGGCACCUGCCUUCGGUUGGCACUACGACAGCUACCCCUUUGUCGUGGUCACGAUGUUGUCGGAUUGCACAGACAUGAAGGGGGGAGAGACGGCUCUGCGAACGGCCUCUGGCGACACCAUGAAAGUCCGUGGUGCGACUAUGGGCACCGCGGUGAUCUUGCAGGGACGCUACAUUGAGCACCAGGCUCUGAAGGCUUGGGGGGGUCGAGAACGAAUCAGUAUGGUGACGUCUUUCCGGCCCAAGUCGCCGUUCUGCAAAGACGAGACCAGCCUCGCCGGCCUCAGGGGCAUCACCGACCUCAAUCUUCUGUAUCAUCAGUACGCAGAGUAUCGCUUGCAAGUGCUGGAGACGCGCAUGCGGACCAAGCGUCAGGAUCUGAUCGAGAGUUUCGGCAAGCCGGAUGGGUUUGACCUUGAUGGCACAAGAGCUUUCCUCGAGGAGCAGAAGCGAUAUGUGGAGGACAUGUUGAAGGAGCUGAUACCUUAUCACUAG